GUUAGAUCAUUCUAUGAACUCGAUGAAUAAUAACUGGCUAGGCUUUUCUCUCUCUCCUUAUGACCAAACUCAUCACCGCCAGGACGUAGACGCUUCCACCACCACAACGGGAGUAGAUGUCGCCGGUGAAUACUGUUAUGAUCUGACCGCUGCCUCCGAUGAGUCUUCAGCCAUUCAAACAUUGUUUCCUUCUCCUUUUGGUGUUGUCCUCGAUGCUUUCACAAGAGACAACAAUAGUCACUCCCGAGAUUGGGAUAUCAAUGGUGGUGCAUGCAAUAAUAUUCACAAUAAUGAGCAAGAUGGACCAAAGCUUGAGAAUUUCCUUGGCCGCAACACCACUAUUUACAACACCAACGAAAACGGUGGAGAUGGAAGUGUGAGUUGUGGAGGAGGAGACGGUGGUGGUGGCUCACUAGGCCUUUCAAUGAUAAAGACAUGGCUGAGGAAUCAACCCGUGGCUAAUCUUGAUAAUCAAGACAAUGGUAAUGGUGCAAGAGGCCUCUCCCUCUCAAUGAACUCAUCUACGUCUUGUGAUAGCAACAACUACAACAAUAAUAAUGUUGUUCUCCAAGGGAAGACUAUUGCUGAUAUCGCAGAAGCUACACCGAAGAAAACUAUUGAGAGUUUUGGACAGAGGACGUCUAUAUACCGUGGCGUUACAAGGCAUCGGUGGACAGGAAGAUAUGAAGCACAUUUAUGGGAUAAUAGUUGCAAAAGAGAAGGCCAAACUCGCAAAGGAAGACAAGUUUAUUUGGGAGGUUAUGACAAAGAAGAAAAAGCAGCUAGGGCUUAUGAUCUCGCCGCACUCAAGUAUUGGGGAACCACCACUACUACUAAUUUCCCCAUGAGCGAAUAUGAGAAAGAGGUAGAAGAGAUGAAGCACAUGACAAGGCAAGAGUAUGUUGCCUCUCUGCGCAGGAAAAGCAGUGGUUUCUCUCGUGGUGCAUCGAUUUAUCGUGGAGUAACAAGGCAUCACCAACAUGGAAGAUGGCAAGCUAGGAUAGGAAGAGUCGCUGGUAACAAAGACCUCUAUUUAGGAACUUUUGGCACACAAGAAGAGGCUGCAGAGGCAUACGACAUUGCGGCCAUCAAAUUUAGAGGAUUAACCGCAGUGACUAACUUCGACAUGAACAGAUACAACGUUAAAGCAAUCCUCGAAAGCCCUAGUCUUCCUAUUGGUAGCGCAGCGAAACGUCUCAAGGACGUUAACCAUCCGGUUCCAAGUAUGAUGAUGAUCAGUAAUAACGUUUCAGAGAGUGAAAACAAUGCUAGCGGUUGGCAAAACGUUGCGGUUCAGCAUCAUCAGGGAGUCGAUUUGAGCUUAUUGCAGCAACAUCAAGAGAGGAGGUACAACGGUUAUUACAAUGGAGGAAACUUGUCUUUGGAGAGUGCUAGGGCUUGUUUCAAACAAGAGGAGGAUCAGCACCAUUUCUUGACUAAUAUCGAUCAUCAUAAUUCUGCUACGGAUGAUUCGGUUACUGUUUGUGGAAAUGGAGUUGGUUAUGGUGGUUAUCAAGGAUUUGCAGCCCCGGUUAACUGCGAUGCAUACGCUGCUGCUGAGAUUGCUUAUAACGCAAGAAACCAUUAUUACUUUGCUCAGCAACAGCAGCAGAUCCAGCCGUCGCCAGAAGGAGAUUUUCCGGGGGCUAUCUCGAAUAAUGUUGGCUCUAAUAUGUACUUCCAUGGAGAAGGUGGUGGUGGAGAAGGGGCUCCAACGUUUACAGUUUGGAACGACACUUAG